ACGGACGGACGGACGGACGGACGAACGAGCGAGCGGUGUCACGUGAGCGCGCGUAGCCGUCGGCGUGCCCCUGGGCACUUCCGCGUGCCGGAAGUGUCGCGCCGGAUGCCGGAAGUGUCGCGCCGCGUCGCGCUGCGCUGGGCUAUGGCUUGAGUCUGGGCUUGCGAAUGCGAUGCAACUACAUUUAAUGUGGGAGUCCUACCUCUUCUAUUUUAAUGGCGCAUAUCACCAUAAACCAGUAUUUGCAGCAAGUACAAGAAGCCAUUGACAGCAGGGAUGGACAGUUUUGUGCAGAAUUGGUAUCAUUUAAGCAUCCACAUGUUGCCAACCCUAGGCUUCAACUUCCAUCUCCAGAAGAAAAGUGUCAGCAAGUUCUGGAACCACCAUAUGAUGAAAUGUUUGCAGCCCACUUAAGGUGUACUUAUGCUGUUGGAAACCAUGACUUUAUAGAAGCCUACAAAUGUCAAACAGUUAUUGUCCAAUCUUUCCUGCGUGCGUUUCAGGCGCAUAAAGAAGAAAAUUGGGCUUUACCUAUUAUGUAUGCUGUAGCUCUUGACCUUCGAAUUUUUGCUAAUAACGCAGAUCAACAGCUAGUGAAGAAAGGGAAAAGCAAAGUUGGUGACAUGUUGGAAAAAGCAGCAGAAUUGCUGAUGAGCUGUUUUCGAGUCUGUGCCAGUGACACUCGAGCAGGCAUUGAAGAUUCCAAAAAGUGGGGCAUGUUGUUUCUCGUGAAUCAGCUGUUUAAAAUUUAUUUCAAGAUCAACAAGCUUCAUCUAUGUAAACCCUUAAUUAGAGCAAUUGACAGCUCAAAUCUGAAGGAUGAAUAUAGUAUGGCACAGAGAGUUACGUACAGAUAUUAUGUUGGACGCAAAGCGAUGUUUGACAGUGACUUUAAGCAAGCUGAAGAGUACCUGUCAUUUGCCUUUGAGCACUGUCACCGCUCAAGCCAGAAAAACAAGAGAAUGAUUUUGAUCUACCUGCUGCCAGUAAAAAUGUUGUUGGGCCAUAUGCCAACAAUUCAGCUCCUAAAAAAGUAUGACCUUAUGCAGUUUGCUGAAGUAACAAAGGCUGUGAGUGAAGGCAAUCUUCUCCUGUUGAAUGAUGCUCUGACAAAGCAUGAGACCUUCUUCAUUCGAUGUGGAAUUUUUCUUAUUCUGGAGAAGCUGAAAAUCAUCACCUACAGAAAUCUCUUUAAGAAAGUAUAUUUACUACUCAAAACACAUCAGCUAUCUCUAGAUGCCUUUCUGUUUGCCCUGAAAUUCAUGCAAGUGGAUGAUGUUGAUAUUGAUGAAGUUCAGUGCAUUUUAGCUAACCUUAUAUAUAUGGGUCAUAUUAAAGGGUAUAUAUCUCAUCAGCAUCAAAAGCUUGUGGUCAGUAAGCAAAACCCAUUCCCUCCACUGUCAACAGUGUGUUGAGUAUUGCAUCUUAUCCAGGCAAGUACUUCUCAGCUGCUCCUAAUCACCCAGAGAACACUGUAAAUGACCUGGUUCAUGUCCAGUACUGGAACACCAGGAACUGUUUGUGGCUUCUUUCCCAGAAUGGCCAAGGUUGCCAAUGUAGCAAAGUGCAUUGCAAUGAAAUGCUCACUUGUUGAUGAUGGUUUCCACGGGCUUUCUAGAUCAUUUAAAGUAUCUCACCAGGAUAUAAAAGCAGAGCAUUCCAAAUUCCUUCUAAAGUACUUAAAAGCUUUUUAUAAAAGUACUUCAUGUUACUAUUUCAGCAUUUAUCUUUCUGAAAAGAGAAGUAUCAUCCUCUGGUACUUAUAUCAAUCCAUUCUUCAGGGUGGAAAUUAUGUUUUCUUUCAUGGUUUUUAUUUUUUAAUCUCUUCAAUAAUGGUAUCGAAUACUUGCUGAUAUUGAAAACCCUCUUCAGGCCUUCUCUAAAAACUGGAGAUUUUGUGCUUGACACCAAGAGCUUUACUGUGUCAGUGGAACUUAUAAGUUUAAGUAAAUGUCGUACGUUUGUCUGGAGGUGCUCAGAAAUGGCUUUUUUUUUUUUUUUUUCCUGUAACACUUUGUAUAAUUUUCAUUAUGAUGAAAAAGGACAUAGCUAAGUAGUUUAUCUCUAUGCCACUGUAUUCUGUUUCUGGGGAAGAGACUGCCACUGGGUCCACAAUUUUAAUUUUUUCCAUGAUUUUUUUGGGGUUUUUUUUUUUUUUUUUUACAACAUAAGUUUGGCCAUGAUGAUGAUGUCUUGUUUGUUUGUUUGUUUUUAACAAAAUAAAACAAAUGUUUUUUCCCCUCUA